GUUAUAAUAAGUUAGAAAAAAUGGGAAAUUUGGGAUCUAAACCUAAGAAAAUUGAGAAAAGAUUGAGAAUACAAGAGAAGAAAUGUAAUGAAAAGAUUUGGAAAGCAUGUAUUUCGCAGAGAAGUAUUGGGAAAAUUGUGAUGAGAGAAAUUAAUCAAAUAGUUUACUUUAUUGGAGACGGACCUGAAGAGAGUAAUACUAGAAUGAUAUUCCUUCCUUCAAAGAUCAAUGCAUAUCAUCUAAGAUAUCCAAGGUAUUCCUAUCGAUCUUCUGAUUGGCGUUCCUCGAACAUAUUUAGCCUAGAUCAAGAGUCCAUCUCUGACCCAUUUCCUAUCAAUAAAUCUUGUCUAUCUUUCAGAUCAAAAUUCACGAAUCAAUUCGUAGGAAACAGAGAUUUCAAGUUGUUAUUCAAAAAUAAAUUCUACAACAGACUUGUGUACAAAACUAUGGGCAUGACUACCAACCAAUUCUGUCUUCUUAAGUUUGUGCUGACUAAAACUGAUUUAAGCAGGAUUUUGCUUCACGGAAAGCAUCUGGUACAGUUGUACAUAGAACAGUGAAUUAUUCCUGAACAAAGAUUUACACCAGGAUUCUUAAACUCCCUUCACCCUCAACCCCCCUCCUCUUCCCACCCCCACCUCUUCUUCUACGGCUGUUCUCCCAAACAAUCCCCCUCACACAAGACCCACUACUCCAUGAUCCUCAACAUCACCAGCCCCCUCCUCUCCCCUCCCUCACCCUACCCCACACUAAUCUUCAAACACCUGCCCCAAAACCUUUCCUACCAGGACCUCCCAGCCCAAUUCUCUUCUGUCCAAGUCGAAAUCUCUACUGAAAAUCUCAGUCAGUCGGUAUACUUCACUGUGGUGUAA